AUGGCUACGAACAUUGGGAUGAUGGAUUCAGCAUAUUUCGUAGGGAGAUCUGAGAUUCUCGCAUGGAUUAAUUCCACUCUGCAACUAAAUCUCUCCAAAGUCGAAGAGGCUUGUUCAGGCGCAGUUCACUGCCAGCUCAUGGAUUCGGUCCACCCAGGAAGUGUUCCGAUGCACAAGGUUAAUUACGACGCAAAGAGUGAGUACGAGAUGAUACAAAACUAUAAGGUGCUUCAGGAUGUGUUUAACAAGCUCAAGAUCACUAAGCACAUUGAAGUGAGCAAACUCGUUAAGGGUAGACCACUUGAUAACUUGGAGUUCAUGCAAUGGAUGAAGAAGUACUGCGAUUCUGUUAAUGGAGGCCAGCACAAUUACCACGCACUGGAGAGAAGAGAAGCCAGCAAAGGAGGAAAAGAAGCAACCAAGAGAGCUGCAGCUACACAACAGUCAGGCAAGAAUUCUUCUUCUUCAGCUGCACCUAGACCUUCGUCUUCAAAUGGAAACCGUAAACAUGAACCACAAUCCUCCAACACUGGGAAUCACCACUCUGCAAAAGCACCAUCUAAACAACCAUCCAAACCAGUGCCUGCUUAUGAUGAAAAGAUCACGGAGCUGAAACUCUACAUAGACAGUUUGGAGAAAGAGAGAGACUUCUAUUUCUCUAAACUAAGAGACGUAGAGAUCCUCUGUCAAAACCCAGACUCUGAACACUUACCUCUUGUUGGUUCCAUCAAAAGAAUCCUAUACGCAGCAGACGGUGAAGAUGUGGGAGCAGUAGCAGAAACAACAGAGACACAGACCUUAAGCCCCAUUGCUGAAGGAUCAGAAGAGAGAAGGAACAGUGUGAUUGAGUCACAGAAGAGAAAACUCAUAGUGAAUCUCGACGUUGAUGCUGCAGCCAUUACAACACUCUCUCCAAGACAACGCCUCUCUGAUGCUUCUGAUGUCAAAUGCAGUGGAUCUCCUCUUUUGACCUGCUGA